UUUGAAGUGCCAGGAGCAGAAGAGGCCCAGCCUGAAAAAGGUGUUGGUGUCCACAAGGUUUAGGUUCAGAUAUAGAACAUAUUGAAGAUGAAAUCAAAGACAAUUGUGGCAAUCAGACUGAUAUGUCUGCUGACAAUAUGUCCCAGUGGCAUAAUCCCACAAAAAACAAUACUGGCCCGAGUUGUCCUGUGGAACGAAAAGAUGUUGAAAAGAAUGCAAUAUAUGAAUUGGAUCUUGGGUGUGUUGGUAAAAUUGAUAAACUAGUACUCAGAAAGCAAAGCCUUUUUGUUCAAAAGUACUCUGUGUGCCCAGAUGAAUUUCCAUUAAUAUAUCCAGGAGAAGAAUUUUUUUUUUUAUCGAAGAUGCUACAUCUCACCCGAAAUGACAUUUGGGCUUUGAAUGUGUCUGGAAUUAUUACCAAUAAUCCAUUGGAACAAUUUUUUUUCAGCUCAAGUUUCUCCCAGCAGGUUUCUUUAAUGAAAACUGGGUUUCUUAGCCAUGUGUAUCAUUCUGCUCCUUGCCCUAAACCAAUUUUGCACUGGCUUUUUCAGCUGAUGUCAUCAAAUCUCAACACGUCCAGAGACUCCUUUAAAACACUGUGGGAGAUCAGCAUAAGCACCUUAAUUACAUCAGAGCAUGCAGGUCAAAACAUGUGGUCCCCCAGCUUGAAGGAUAUUGAUUCUGUUCUCCAGAACUUGGGAGCUAGUCUAUUUGCUAUGUAUCCUCUUGAAAAGCUGGACACUAAAUCAAGAUGCACUUUUAUGAGAUAUGCCCUGCUUCAUCAGAAAAAGUACUCUCGCAACUCCAUGUAUUCACAUUUGUUGGUGACCAACCUCAAUAAUAUCAUGAAGUUCCUGACAUUGUGUGCAUUGGAAUGCCCCCAUGGUUUGUCAGACCAGGAGCUUCUCAUCUUAAUUACGCUACUGUGCAGAAUCAGCCUUGAUGUUAACCUGAAACAUGAACCCAAGGAAGAUUUGAGACAGCUACUCCUCAUUUUACUGGAGAAGAUCACUGAUUGGCUGGUUCAGAUGCCAAAGUUAUGCAUAUCAUUAAGUCAAAUAUCAUCUCACCAUCACAAUCUUCUAAGUGUAGUUCAGAUGAUACCGGACACUACUAACAAGGCACAGCAAAUGAAGAAACAGUUAAGCCUGCUUAUCAUUGCUAAACUGAUGUCUAAAGACACAGGACCUCUACUAUGGGUUGAAAAUCUACAACUGCCUUUUAUCUGUGAAUUGCUGAAAGAUAUGAAACCUUCUUCUCUAAAGCUGUAUCUAGAACAGAGGCUAGAAGCAGCAGACCCAGAGAAGGAAAUUACUCAAAGAGAACUGGACUGGGAGGCAUGUUACCUAUGCCACACUCUUCUUAAACUGGCCAAUAUAGUAGUGGCAGCAAAAAAAAUAUCUUUAAAUAAGUGGAUUUAUUUGCAAAAGCUUUGUAUCCAACUAAACAGACAUAUUAUCAAUAAUAUCAGAGAGAACCCUGUUAUUAUGUACCGCAGCAAGCUAAAAGACCUGGCUACAUAUAACUAUAUAAAAUGGAAAGAUAUGUUAUUUGAAGACCCCCGCAAGAUGCAAUACAGCUGGGUACAAUUUACCGAUUAUCAAGACCCAGGCAAUGAGGGUGUUGGAGUGGGAGGAACGCCAAAGGAAUCACUGGAAACGCCAAAGGAAUGAU